CAACAUCAGGGUGACACAAAAUCGUAUAAAAUGAUGCAAUAGAGACAACUAAAAUCAGUCGAGUGUUCAUCUUUGACGGAACAAGAGACGUUUAGUUGUUUACUAAUUGCUGAAUUCCUUUGCUCGUUACCAUCUGCUAAAUUUCGGCUUGCCACAAUGGGUAUCCAUGGCAUUACACUUCUAAUUACUGUUGCCGUUAUGGCUGGAUCGUGCAUAGCUGUGCCAAUGGGUUCUCCGUCUUCUAACUAUGGUGGUUAUUCAUACCAAACUACCACUGCUGCGCCGUACUACACGACGACGUAUGCUGCCCCCAGUUAUUACACUACAAAGUCGCCCGAGUACUACCCCACAACAUAUGCGGCACCCACUUACUACACCGAGGCUCCCAAGUAUUACAGCACGAAAGCUCCUGAAUACUACACCACCACGUAUGCAGCUCCGACUUACUAUACGGAGGAACCAAAAUAUUACUCCGCACCGAGCUAUUACACAGGAUCGCCAGUGUAUUACACGACAACGUAUGCCACUCCAAGCUACUACACCGAGGCUACCACCUACUAUACCACAAAGGCCCCUGAGUAUUACACCACAACUUACGCUUCACCAGUUUACUACACCGAGGCCCCGAAAUAUUACUCUGCUCCAAGCUACACUACAACCGUGUCGUACUACACAACUACAGAGGCGCCCAAGUAUUACGUAGCACCAACCUACUACAAUGAAGCCGCCCCAUCUUAUUACUCCGAGCCGACCUACUACACUGAAGCCCCGAAGUACUACGCUGCCCCAAGUUACUACACCACGACUGCUCCUUCGUACUACGUCGAACCUACUUACUACACCACAACUUAUGCUGCUCCGUCUUACUAUACUGAGGCUGCUGAAUACUACACAACUAUUGCCCCAGAGUACUACACAAAGAAAGCUGAAUACUACACCACCACUUACGCCGCUCCAGCUUAUUACACUGAGGCUCCCAAAUAUUCGGCUCCACAAUACACUACAACAUAUGCGGCUCCAAGCUAUUAUACAGAAGCCCCGAAGUACUACACUACAACAUAUGCCGCUCCGGUUUACUACACUGAAGCUCCUCAAUACUAUACCACAAAGGCCACUGAAUACUACACAACUGCCGGCCAGGAGUAUUACACGAAGAAAGCUGAGUACUACACCACAACAUACGCUGCUCCAGCUUACUACACUGAGUCUCCCAAGUAUUACCAGACAGAGGCACCGCAAUAUUAUACUACAAAGGCCCCCGAAUACACCACAACGUACGGUGCCCCAAGCUACUACACUGAGGCGCCCAAGUACUACACCACCACCUACGCUGCUCCGGCUUACUACACUGAGGCUGCUGAAUACUACACAACCACUUACGCUGCUCCAGCUUACUACACUGAGGCCCCCAAAUAUUACCAGACUGAGGCCCCCAAAUAUUACCAGACUGAGGCCCCUAAAUAUUACCAGACUGAGGCCCCUAAAUAUUACCAGACUGAGGCUCCAAGAUAUUAUACUACAAAGGCCCCCGAGUAUACCACAGCAUAUGCUGCACCGAGCUACUACACUGAAGCUCCGAAAUACUACAUAACAACCUAUGCUACUCCCAGCUACUACACCGAGGCACCGAAGUACUACUCAGCUCCAAGUUACUACCAAACUGAAGCCCCCAAAUACUACACCACAAAAGCGCCAGAGUACUACAUUACCACUUACGCUGCUCCCAGUUACUACACCGACGCUCCAGCCUACUACCCAACAUAUGCAACCCCAUCUUACUACACUGAGCCACCAAAGUACUAUUAAUUGUUAAAAUUGUGUUGUCCAUCUAGCUCGAAGAAGUGUCAAUUGGAUUUUGUUUAUUCAUUGGCAGUCCUCGUUCCAAAUUAAGUAUUUCCUUGAUAUAUAUUUAUGCAUUCACUAGUUGUUCCAUACCAUUGUGGUUACUCAAUGAAAUGAUGAAUACAAAUGUAUAUCGUUACCUAA